AUGGGAAGAGUUGAGGUUCUUCUAUUAUUGAUUGUUACUUUGUUGCCUUUCACCAGCUUCAUACUGAGAAGUAAAGGCAGUGUAGCUAUUAGCAAAGUGCACCAACGUUGUAACUUUGAGGAAAGGAAUGCCCUCCUUAGCUUUAAGCAAAGUCUAUUUGAUCCUCUGCUCGCUCUCUCGACUUGGAAGAUAGGUGAAGAUUGUUGCACAUGGGAGGGUGUGAGUUGCAGUAAUACAACAAAUCAUGUCAUCAAGCUCGAUUUGAGUGAGGAAGGCUCCUUAAAUGCCACAUCAGUAGUUCCAUCACUUUUUCUCUUGAAACACUUACAAUACUUGUGUCUUUCAGCCAUUUCCUUCAAUCAAGCGAGCAUACCUCAUUCUAUUGGUUCCCUCACUAAAUUGAGAUAUCUUGACGUCUCCUAUUCUGGGUUUGUCGGAGUGAUACCACCUCAUCUCGGAAACUUGACAGAUCUUCAUUAUCUUGAUCUCAGUGGGAAUUAUUUGGUUGCACUUAACCUCACAUGGAUGUCACAUCCCUCCUCCUUAAAUAUUAUCGAUAUGUCUGAUGUGAAUCUAACAUCUGCUAUGAACUGGUUACAUGAGAUUAAGGUACUUCCAUCUCUUUCUAUUUUAUAUUUAUCAUUUUGCAACCUACAAACACUUCCAACUUCACUUCCAUAUUCUAAUUUUUCAUCGACCUUGAACACAUUUGAUCUUUCUUAUAACAAUCUUAGUGGGAGAUUGCCGAACUGGCUAGGACAAUUUAAAUGCUUAAAAAUAAUACAUCUUCAAUCAAACAAUUUCAAUGGACCUAUUUCAUUUUCCUCCUUGAACUCGUUAUGUGUUCUUAAUGAUUUAAACCUAGCCAUUAACAAUUUUAUAGAAUUACUUGAAGAUGGAAGUGUUUUAAAAUGCAAAGAAUAUAACAUGAUGUAUAUGGAUAUCUCAUACAACCAACUGAGGGGAAGCAUACCAGAAUGGAUUGGAAAGAUGAGAAAUUUAAGAAAGCUUGAUUUUGGAAAUAAUCAACUUAAUGGAUCUAUUCCACAGAGCCUUGGCCAACUCAUAAACUUGGUUUAUUUGGACCUUCAUUCCAACCAUUUGCAGGGUAGUAUCUCAGAUAUUAUUUUUGCAAAUCUAUCACAAUUGUAUCACUUAGAUCUUUCAGACAACGAUUUGGAUUUUAACUUGAUUAGCUUUAAUUGGAUUCCCCCAUUUCAAACCUCUUUCCUUUCCAUAAGCUCUUGCCUUAUAGGACCUCAAUUCCCAAUAUGGCUUCGGAAUCAAAAUUCUCUUUCUCAUUUAGAGAUCUCCAAUUGUGGUAUUUUUGAUAUCAUUCCAAGUUGGUUUUGGAAUAUUACUUCUCAAAUAACGUACUUAAACAUAUCUCAAAAUGAAAUUCGAGGUGAACUUCCCAUGUCUCUCAAUAAUACCUUAGCAGUCACCAUCGACCUAAAAUCAAAUCAAUUGGAAGGACGUCUUCCUCAGCUGUUGAAUAAUGUGGCUUUUGUAUUUUUUUCUAAUAAUAAGUUCUCAAGUGGGAUUGAGUUGUAUCUGAAUGCAAACAUGAGUUUCUUGAAAGUUCUUGACCUAUCACAAAAUCAUCUCUCCGAUGAAAUCCCAUAUUCAAUAUGUCAAUUGCCUCCAAUAAUUCUUCUUGACCUGUCACAUAAUAAUCUUUUGGGAGAAGUUCCAAAAUGUCAUGGUAGUACUUCAAGCCAUACAAAGCUACAAUUUAUCAGCCUUGCAUAUAACAACUUAUGGGGUUCAAUUCCGCAAUGGAUAGGCAACCAAUCAAUUUUAUCAUCGUUGCACCUAAACAAUAAUGAAUUUCAAGGGGAGAUACCAUCUCUCCAAAAUUGUAGCAAGCUUAUCACAAUUGAUUUGGGACAUUGA